AAUAUCAUCCAUUCCCGAAGAAAUGAAAAACCAUGGCCAUAGGCUUCGCACAAAUACAAAAUAUCCAAAAGCGCCAAACCGCAGAGGAGUUGCAUAUCUCAGGAGCCCAUUGAGGCUUGCAGUUUCGAACUUUUAUCUAAAUUCUUUCGGAACUCAUCUCCAAUUCAGCCGGAAAAUGCUAUUCUGAAGGCUUUAAGGUAAUGUAAAUGUAAUUUACUUGGUUAACUUUCUGGAGAGUGAGGUUCCUCAACCAUCCAAUCAUCCAAUACCUGAAUCCUUUCGGAACUCAGCUUCUUCAUUCAUGUUGUUGAUUGAAAUGUUCUGAUGUCACUUGUAAUCGUUAGCUCUUUGAGUAUGUUCAGCACUUGUUGCAAUGGUGCUUUUAGUAAUUGUCAGAUAUACGCUUCAAGUUGUAGUGGAUCAUCGAGAGGAUUGAUAUCGGAAAAUCUGGGGGAUUUUCGAACUGCGACUUUGUCUAUGGCUAAUUGGAAGAAGCACAGGAAGAAGCGGAAGAAUGUUUGCCGGUUUGCGUUGCAAAAUCCGGAGGAAGCGACGGUGGCGGUAAAAGAGAAGACGAAAAUUCCAGUGUCCGAAGAGGAAAUUCUUCGGGCUUUGAAAUCGAUGACGGAUACUACGCGUGCUCUUUCUUAUUUUUACUCUGUACCUGAUUUUCCUUGUGUUCAGCAUACCACUGAGACGUGCAAUUUCGUGCUUGAAUUCUUAAGAGUUCAUGAGAAGGUGGAGGAUAUGGCUGCUGUUUUUGAAUUUAUGCAGAAGAAAAUUAUUAGGAGGGAUUUGAGCACUUAUUUGACUAUCUUUAAAGCUCUUUCCAUCAGAGGUGGGCUUCGGCAGGUGACGAUUGCGCUAAAGAAGAUGAGAAAAGCUGGAUUUGUCUUGAAUGCAUAUUCAUACAACGGAUUGAUCCAUUUGUUGAUUCAAUCAGGAUUCUGUAGUGAGGCCUUGGAAGUUUAUGGAAGAAUGGUUUCAGAAGGGCUUAAACCGAGCCUGAAGACGUAUUCGGCACUUAUGGUUGCGUUGGGAAAGAAGAGGGACUCGGAAACGGUAAUGGUUCUGUUGAAGGAGAUGGAAAGUUUGGGAUUGAGACCAAAUGUUUACACUUAUACAAUAUGCAUUAGAGUACUAGGAAGGGCUGGGAAAAUCGACGAGGCGUAUGAGAUAUUUAGGAGAAUGGACGAGGAAGGUUGUGGACCCGACCUUGUUACGUAUACCGUCCUCAUCGACGCUCUUUGUAAUGCAGGACGGUUGGAAAGUGCCAAGGAGUUGUUUGUGAAGAUGAAAGCUAAUGGUCACAAACCUGAUCAAGUAAUCUACAUUACUUUGUUAGAUAAGUUCAAUGAUUUUGGAGAUUUGGACACUGUCAAAGAAUUUUGGGGUCAGAUGGAAGCUGAUGGAUAUAUGCCCGAUGUCGUUACCUUCACUAUUCUCGUUGACACCUUAUGCAAAGCCAGAGACUUCGACGAGGCGUUCGCUACCUUUGAUGUCAUGAGAAAGCAAGGCAUCUUGCCAAAUCUUCAUACUUAUAACACACUUAUUUGUGGACUUCUGAAGGCAGGUAGAAUUGAGGAUGCACUAAAGCUUUUAGAUACCAUGGAAUCCUUAGGUGUUCAGCCGACUGCUUAUACGUACGUUAUUUUUAUCGACUAUUUCGGAAAGUCCGGAGAUACUGGCAAAGCUGUUGAGACCUUUGAGAAGAUGAAAGCUAGAGGAAUCGUUCCAAACAUUGUAGCGUGCAAUGCAUCGUUGUAUAGCCUUGCUGAAUCGGGGAGGUUGAGAGAAGCAAAAAACAUGUUCAAUGGGCUAAGAGAGAAUGGUCUUGCUCCAGAUUCAGUGACCUAUAACAUGAUGAUGAAGUGCUACAGCAAAGUAGGACAAGUAGACGACGCCGUGAAUUUACUUUUCGAGAUGAUAAAAAAUGGAUGUGAACCUGAUGUGAUUGUGGUUAACUCUUUGAUCGAUUCGCUUUACAAGGCGGGACGAGUUGAUGAAGCAUGGAAAAUGUUCGACAGAAUGAAGGACAUGAAGCUUUCUCCAACAGUUGUGACGUAUAAUACGUUACUCUCUGGAUUAGGGAAAGAGGGUCGAGUCCAGAAAGCCAUUGAAUUAUUCGAAAGUAUGAUUAAGCAAAGGUGUUCUCCGAACACGAUAUCGUUUAACACGCUCCUGGAUUGCUUUUGCAAAAACGACGAGAUUGAAUUGGCUUUGGAAAUGUUUUCUAAAAUGACAGAAAUGGACUGUAAACCUGAUGUCUUGACUUACAACACUGUUAUUUAUGGGCUGAUCAAAGAAAACAGAGUAAAUUAUGCAUUCUGGUUCUUCCACCAGUUGAAGAAAUCGAUGUACCCCGAUCAUGUCACAAUAUGUACCCUCCUUCCCGGUAUCGUGAAGAGCGGGCGGAUAGGGGAUGCUAUAAAGAUUGCAAAGGAUUUCAUCAACCAGGUCCAGUUUCGUGUAAAUAGAUCCUUUUGGGAAGAUUUAAUGGGAGGUACUUUAGUUGAAGCUGAGAUAGAUAAAGCCAUUAUAUUUGCUGAAGAAUUGGUAUUGAAUGGGAUUUGCAGGGAAGACUCAUUCUUGAUACCUCUAAUUAGAGUUUUGUGUAAGCAAAAGAGAGCACUUUAUGCUUAUCAAAUAUUCGAGAACUUCACGACGAAUCUCGAAAUCAAACCGACAGUGGCAUCAUAUAAUUGUUUGAUAGGUGAGCUUCUUGAAGUUCAUUACACCGAAAAGGCCUGGGAUCUGUUUCAGGAUAUGAAGAACGCCGCCUGUGCUCCUGAUACUUUUACCUACAACAUGUUGCUCGAUGUUCAUGGAAAGUUGGGGAAGAUCGCCGAACUUUUUGAACUGUACAAUGAGAUGGUUUCGAGGAAAUGCAAGCCGAACGUCAUAACUUACAACAUCGUCAUCUCCAGCCUUGCAAAAUCUAAUAACUUGGAUAAAGCUUUAGAUUUUUAUUAUGAUCUUGUUAGUAGUGAUUUCUGCCCCACUCCUUGUACGUACGGCCCUCUGCUCGAUGGACUAGCAAAAGCGGGGCGCUUAGAGGAAGCGAUGCAGCUCUUCGAAGAGAUGCCGGACUAUGGAUGCAAGCCAAACUGUGCAAUAUUCAACAUUCUGAUAAAUGGAUAUGGGAAAACAGGUGACAUAGAAAUCGCUCAUCAGUUGUUUAAAAGGAUGGUGAAGGAGGGUAUAAGGCCAGACUUGAAGUCAUACACCAUUCUGGUAGAAUGCCUUUGCCUUGCUGGAAGAGUAGAUGAAGCCUUAUACUAUUUCGAGGAGCUGAAAUCAACCGGUCUUGAUCCCGACUUUAUCGCUUAUAAUCGUAUAAUAAACGGUCUAGGAAAAUCACAGAGGAUGGAGGAAGCGCUCGCUUUAUACAGCGAAAUGCGAGAGAGAGGCAUUGUUCCUGACCUGCACACAUAUAAUGCAAUGUUGCUUUAUCUUGGACUUGCUGGAAUGGUGGAAGAAGCCGAGAGGAUGUAUGAAGAGCUUCAACUUGCAGGGCUAGAACCAGAUGUCUUUACUUAUAAUGCUCUCAUUCGAGGGUACAGCGUGUCGGGGAACCCCGAGCAUGCUUAUACGGUCUACAAGAACAUGAUGGUCGAUGGCUGCAACCCCAACGACGGUACGUACGCACAGCUCCCUAAUCCAUCUUGAAAUAUCAUGCAUACUAUUGAGAGUACAAAUUGUACAUAUUUGAAGAGGGUUCUUUAAGAUUCAGGAAUACAAGUGAUGGCACUUAUCUGUUUUCUUGCCCAUUUUGGUUGCUUCAAAGUCUGGCUUUUUAGAGCAGACCUUGAUAAGUGACUAUUGGAGAACAUUAUUUCUGACAUAAACUAUAGCAUAUAUAUAUAUCGUAACAUCAUAAACUGUAUAAAUCUUUAACUAUUAUAUUAGUUUAUACAAAUGUUCCCUCUCGUAAGCAAAAAGAAGGGAAGGGGAAAAUGUACAACUUAGAGGAAAUCAAUCGUACCAAAAGCACCUUAGCA